AUGAAGUUCGUCGUCCUCACCUCCACCCUCGCCUCCAUAGCUGUGGCCCAGGCUUACACCGCCGCCGACCUACUCUCCGACACCAAGAUAGUUGCUGGAAGAACCGUUGACUAUAUCAUCGCUAGAGGUGAUCUAACUGGUCUUACCGUUGCCGCUAAACUGACCGAGAACCCGAACAUUAACGUUCUCGUUAUCGAGAAGGGAUUUUACGAGUUAAAUAAUAGGCUAAUUAUCGAGAACCGUAACGACUACGGACUGAUUUUCGGUAGCUAG